UAUACUCAAAAAUAAAUUUAAAAAAAUUACGGAAUAUUAAAAAAAAUAUUGAAAAUAAACCACCGAAAGUGCAAAUUAAAAACGAAAAAAUAAACUUAAAAUUGUGAUCCUGUUCAACUUGGUGUUUAAUUUCAUUCAUAAGAGUCAAUUGAUUGCUGACACCUUGUGGAGUUCAAUAUCUGAUCAUCAUUUUCAUCGACAUAGCUGCUGCUGUUGCUGCUGAAUCUAAGACUGGCUAUAUAAGGCAUUUGUGUUUUUUUUUUUUGCGAAAAAGAUGCGACUGAAUUCUUCCAAACAUCAUAAUCACCAACAAAAGAAAGAUCACCGCCACAGAAUCACCAGCAACAUCAUGAGUCUCAGCACCAGUACCACUACCAGUAUUGUCAUAGCCACAUGCCUCCUGCUCGUAGCCCUACCCUCACCUGCCGCUGGCCGCAUGGCUUUUGAAAAGCUCACAGAUUAUGAUUUUGCCGGCACCACCUACUACAGCGUUAAGAACCUCUCACUCUACGAAUGUCAGGGAUGGUGUCGCGAAGAGGCCGACUGUCAAGCUGCUGCCUUUAGUUUUGUCGUCAAUCCCCUGUCUCCGUCGCAGGAGACUCACUGCCAACUGCAAAAUGAUUCCUCGGCCCACAAUCCCUCGGCUGCUCCUCAGCGUUCGGCCAACAUGUACUACAUGGUCAAACUGCAACUGCGCAGUGAAAAUGUCUGCCAUCGGCCAUGGUCCUUCGAGCGUGUACCCAACAAGGUCAUUCGUGGCAAUGACAAUGCCCUCAUCUAUACCAGCACCAAGGAAGCUUGUCUCUCGGCCUGUUUGAAUGAGAAACGUUUUGUGUGCCGCUCUGUGGAAUACGAUUACAACAGCAUGAAAUGUGUUCUCUCCGAUGCGGACAGACGUAGUGGUGGACAAUUUGUACAAUUGGCCGAUGCCCAGGGCACGGAUUAUUUUGAGAAUUUAUGUUUGAAACCCCAACAGGCCUGUAAAUCCACCCGAUCCUUUGCCAAUGCCCGUGUGGGUGUUUCGGAAGAAAAGGUGGCCCAAUAUGUUGGCCUCCACUACUACACCGACAAGGAAUUGCAAGUCACCUCGGAAUCAGCCUGUCGCCUGGCCUGUGAAAUUGAAUCGGAAUUUUUGUGCCGUUCCUUUUUGUAUCUCGGUCAGCCCCAGGGAGCCCAAUACAACUGCCGCCUAUACCACUUGGAUCACAAGACUCUGCCCGACGGACCCUCAACCUAUUUGAAUCAUGAACGUCCCUUGAUCGAUCAUGGCGAACCAAUUGGUCAAUAUUUUGAAAAUAUUUGCGAUAAAUCGGCUGCUUCGUCUAUUUCCACAAGUCCCGGACCCUUGGAUCAAUUGGAUCAACAGGCACCUUUGUUGGGAGUUGAGGAAGAUCCUACCUUGAAUAUUACCAGGAAUGAUGUGAACUGCGAUAAGACCGGUACCUGUUAUGAUGUCUCCGUCCACUGCAAGGAUACCCGCAUUGCUGUCCAGGUCCGCACCAACAAACCCUUCAAUGGCCGUAUCUAUGCUUUGGGCCGUUCCGAGACCUGUAACAUUGAUGUCAUCAAUUCGGAUUCCUUCCGCUUGGAUUUGACCAUGGCUGGCCAGGAUUGUAAUACACAGAGUGUGACCGGUGUCUACUCCAAUACCGUGGUCCUGCAACACCACAGCGUGGUCAUGACCAAGGCCGAUAAAAUCUACAAAGUCAAGUGUACGUAUGACAUGAGCUCCAAGAACAUUACCUUCGGUAUGAUGCCCAUCCGUGAUCCGGAAAUGAUCCAUAUCAAUUCCUCGCCUGAGGCUCCACCACCAAGAAUUCGUAUUUUGGAUACCCGUCAACGUGAGGUGGAGACAGUGCGCAUUGGUGAUCGUUUGAACUUCCGUAUUGAGAUUCCAGAAGACACUCCCUAUGGCAUUUUUGCCCGUUCCUGUGUGGCCAUGGCCAAGGAUGCCCGCACCAGCUUUAAAAUCAUUGAUGAUGAUGGCUGUCCCACCGAUCCCACAAUCUUCCCCGGCUUCACGGCCGAUGGCAAUGCCCUGCAGUCCACCUAUGAGGCCUUUAGAUUUACCGAAAGCUAUGGUGUCAUCUUCCAGUGUAAUGUGAAAUACUGCCUGGGUCCCUGUGAGCCGGCCGUGUGCGAAUGGAACAUGGAAUCGUUUGAGAGCUUGGGCAGAAGACGUCGUCGUUCCGUGGAGAGCAAUGAAACCAAGGAAGCCGAUGAGGACAUGAACAUUUCCCAGGAGAUUUUGGUCUUGGACUUUGGUGAUGAGAAACGUGAAUUCUUCAAAUCCGAUCCCAGCACAGACUUUGCUAAAGAUAAGACUGUCACUAUCAUUGAACCCUGCCCCACUAAAACUUCCGUCUUGGCCUUGGCCGUAACCUGUGCUCUCAUGAUCUUAUUGUAUAUUUCCACCUUGUUUGUGUACUAUAUGAAAAAAUGGAUGCAACCCCAUAAAAUUGUAGCAUAAGACCAACAACAACAACAAUUACAACAACACCAAUCAACCAACCACCACCUAGUGAAAGUAAAACUAAUGACAACAACACAGCAAUAAUCAAUCACCCAUACAGACACACACACACACGCAUAACCAAGCAAUCACACAGACACAAACAAACACACAUGCAAACGUGAAAAAUGCAAAAAUACGAAAAAUCCUAAAUAUUACGGUAAUUAGUGUUUAAAGAACAAAAAAUAACAACAACAACAACAAAAAACUGA